CUGCUGUAGAAGUGAAAGAAAAGUCAAGCUUUCAAAGCGCGGACUGCCGCCGAAAAGAAGAGUCGUUUUUCCUUUUCCGAGUGCCGAGGGUUUCAACCAUUGAGCAAAGAAGAAAAAAGUGGUGCAGUCCCCAUUUUGUACGCAAUCAUUUUGGAACACUAAAAUUCCUGAAAGUGCCCUUUUGUGUGGGACAAUUUUGGGAGAACAGGAAUUCUUAAGUAUGUUGUUUAUCGAAGUAGCGAUUAAAUUUUGAUUUUUACGAGUAGUGCGCAAAAUUUUCACAUUUUUUCCGGGGUGAGUCGGCAGGAUAGAAGAAGAAGUUAGUGGCCGUGAAAACUCCGCCGUCUGAGCCAACAGACAAUCGCUAGGAGUGUUUUAUAACCUAGAUGAAUGGUAGUGUUCCGGACGAGGUCAAAAGUGAAAAAAGCGCGCGCGGAGUCGUUGCGAAAGAUUCCCCAAGUGCCCAAAGAGAAUACAAGACUUCCUAAAAAAUCUCCCCGUCACUCACAAUGGCUCUCGCUGCCAUUGUAAAUAAGUUGUCGCCGCGGCGGUCCUAGAAAGGGAAGUGCAUUAGAAAUCCCUUCUGGUUGUUUCGUCCCCCGGUUCCGAAGCAAGGACCCUUCUGAGAAGAACCGUUCCGCAAAAGAUCUGUCCAAGCGCAUAAACGGGAGUAAACAAUAGGAGGACAGCACGGUUGGCCCUCGCGCAAAUGCUGACAUCGGCGGCAUCGCGAAACGCUUUUUACUAGAAAGAAAGAAACAAAUUAUGUACACAUUUCAUUCUAAGCAGAAACAGCCACAGCAGCAACAGAAACAGCAGCACUAUGUAGUGUCCACUAGUGGGAGGGGUAGGUUAACUAAUAUGGAAUUCAACAAAAAGACUGGCGAGUCGUAUGGACUGAAUGGCAGCGGCGGUAGUAGCAGCAACAGCAACCACACUGAAUGUGCAAGUACAAACCAAUCGAUGGCCUUUGGUGGCACCCGACGGAAACCAUCGGUUGGCAGCGGUAGUGAUGAUCUGUCCUGCGAAGACUACGAGGAGGUGAAACCGGACAUCAAAGUCAGUUCGCACCUGCUCGACCAUGGGUACGGAUACGGGGUAACGCCCCAGUAUCAUCAGCAGCAACCUCAACAAACGCAGCAGCAGCAACAACAACCAAGCCAUCAUCACCAUAGCAGUAGCAGUACUAGUAGUAAUAGUCAUAAUAGCAGUAGUCAACAGAAUAGUAGUCAUAGCUGGCAUCACAGUCCUACGGCGUCCGGUUCUGGAUCGACGUCGUCGUCGAGAAAUAGCACGGCGACUACACCAACACACCACCACCAUGCCAAGCAAACGACGCCGAACCGGACGGCAGGACUGCACCAUCAACACAAGAGUGCCAGCGGGGAUCCACAAAUUACAAAUUAUUUCAAAGCGGUGAAACGUAGGGCCCCACCCAGCUUAUCGCCAUCACCAACUCCGGCCAAACUAGCCAAACAGUCCAGUAGUAAACAGCCCAGCUCAACCUGCUCUACCCCCACGUCAUCCGUGUCGUCCUGUUCGUCGAAGAAGCGGUAUUCGGAGGGAACGAGGUAUGACACGUCACUAGGUUUGCUAACGAAGAAGUUUGUCGACCUGCUGAAGGAUUCGGCCGACGGUGUGGUCGAUCUGAACAUUGCCUCCACGAAACUGAACGUACAAAAGCGUCGUAUCUACGACAUUACCAACGUGCUCGAAGGGAUCGGUAUCCUGGAGAAGAAGUCCAAGAACAACAUCCAGUGGAAGUGUGGGAACUCGUGCAAUAUCGAAAAGAAUAACCGAAUACAGCGCGAUCGGUAUCUGCUGGAGCAGAAGGAGAACAUGCUGGACCGGAUGAUUGUCGAGCUGCGCAAUAUGACAUCGGACGGCAUGCCGACCUCGAAGCAUGCGUACGUGACCUGUCAGGAUCUGAACUCGAUCGACAUAUUCAAGGAUCAGGUCAUAGUGGUAAUAAAGGCCCCUCCGGAGGCAAAAUUGGUGCUACCUGACGUGCAACAGCACGAAAUCUGUUUGAAAUCGGAAAAGGGCGAAAUUGACGUGUUCCUGUGUCCGGAAUCGUCAGAGGGUUCGCCAAACGGUGGAAGCCUUGGUGAAAUCGGUAGUUGUAGUGGAAGCUUGUUUGGGAGCAGUACCGGUGGAAACGGUAACAGCAGGUCUGGACCGGAUCCUUUACUGGAAAAUAUUGACCCGCUGUUAUCACCGUUCAGUGAAAAGCUGUUCAGUCCUAAAAAUAAACCAAGAACCAGCAGUGUGAAACAUUUUAGUUCAGUGCAGCGGAACCUCAAGGCCUUGUUCGGAGGGCCUGCCGUCGAAGUUAAAGCUGAACCCAGUGUAUUGGAUCCGCUAACUGGGCAAACAACAAGUGCGGAAGAUUCUGUGCAAAACAGCACCAUUUCAGCGACAAAGAUGCUAACGCAGAAAGAACUUGAUCUCCUCCAUGGAAGCGGUGACACCGAAACGAAACCCACGUUCAAUUCACUGUUCUUUACAGCCGAUUCGAUUAAAAAGGAACGGUUAGAUCAGGAUCUAUCCAAUCUUAGUGCAGUUGGUUCUCACAAGCUUUUACCGAUGGAAAUCACCCACAAAAACGCAUCGUUGAGCGAUGGCAACAAACUUAGCCCAGAGACGCUGAUACCGCAUGAAUCCAAUUCCCAGCUCAAUGCGGACGGAUUGUCGCUUAAAGCACUGAGCGCCAAAACGACUCCGGUCAACAUGCGCGAACGGAAUGCAAUGCUCCCAGAGCUGCCCAACUGCAGUCCCUUCAACCUACCGUACCCGGGAGUGCUCGAAAUGGAUGAAUUUCUACCGCUGGAGCCGCUGGACAACGAUUACAACUUCUCGCUGGACCAUAACGAGGGCGUGUUCGACUUGUUCGAUUUUAAUUUUUAGUUCAAAUUUAUGUGGGAAUAUACAACAUGCGUAUAUAUCUAUAUUUUAUUUCUAUUAAUAUUAUAUUAUUAUUACUACUGUAAGCUACUACCGCUACUAGAACUGAGACAGCAGAUAGGGCAUCGCGUAGUUGUCCGAGAGGUUAGGCGGUUAGGACAGCAUUGCGCAUAUUUUGUUGAAUGUAUUUUUUUUUUCUUAGGCGUGAUCUGUAAGACCAGUUUUCCUUAGAAUAUGUUUUUGGAAAGGAAACAAGGAUGCGUUAUUUUUCGUAAAAUUGAAACUAGACCUUCAGUGUUUAGGAAAGUAUUCGAUCGAGCUGGAAAUAUCGGUGUUACUAUAGGAUUGUUUAUACUACGCGCUAUUGAUUGGUGAUAAGUUCUACAUUUUUUUUGUAAAUAUUGUUCUGUAAAUUAUUUAAAAAAGGAAACAAAGCGAAGCAAACACUAAUCGGAGAGGAGGCCCACAAUUUAUCUCGAGAGAAUCUAUAGUGACCUGACCAUACUUCUCCCAGUUGAAACUGAACACUUUCGUCAAUGCGCUUAUGAAAAAAAUGAUAACGAUGAUCAAAACCAAUCACAGUGGGGGAGAAUAUGCCGUGAAUCAGUAUGUCACGAGGUGAGUCGAAACGGUGGAGUUCUUUGCAUACUCCACCAGAGGUCAUCUGCGAAAAAGAGUAAAUACAAAUGCUGUUAUAAAUUUACUUAGGCCAAUCGUAAAGAAAACUCAAGUCUAGUAAUAGUAAGUACAGUCGUACUAAAUGCAAAAUAAAAUGAAUGCACACAAAUCAUACAAAAUAAAACAAAACAAUUACGAUCGGAGGGUUCCGCCUGAGAGUCCUCUAGAUUUUAAGCAGAAAUUCUUAAUUUAUACAUAUAUUUUUAAUAGAAAUGUCUGAAAGCUAUUACAUCCAGAUAAACAAAAGUCCUACCAAUCUUGAAGCGGACCGUGAAGAAUUACAGUCAGAGAGUAAUGUCGAGUAGCGAAUAGAACAUGUGCAAACGAUUUUGGCUGCCUGUCUUUCAAAUCAUAUUCAAAUAUUAAAGUUCGUUUUUUUGUCCUAUUUAUUUGAAUUUUCCUCAAAAAGAUCUAUUUUGUAAGUCAAGUAAGUUGCUAUUGCGGCUCCUACCCACACAACCAGGUGUUACACUACUUUCACAAACCAUAUGGUACGACUCGACUUAGAAAAUAAACCUUUUACUAAAACCUAUCAGCGAUUCGUUUUCGCGGUGUAUAUUGCAGUGCAGGGAACAAUCGGAACCAGGUAUCGAAAAGAAGAGAGCAAAGAUUGAAAUACGCUUGUUAGUUUGUCUCCGUUGCCAAUUGAUUAAUUAUUAUGGAGAGAGAUGAUAAGAAUAAAACUAAUUGCAAACGUUGUUAUCAGAAUUUUUAACAGUUUUUUUUUCUAUAGACGUGAUUAAUCUACAUGAUCAAUAGAGGUUGUUGCACGUUCGACUUCGUUCGAAAGCAAUUCCGGUACCCGUGAGCCGUUCUAUUCUGUUUCCAGUUUGUUACACUUUACUUUUAUCAACUUGUAUAAACUUUCUGCAAUCUUACGGUUAUUGUUUGUUGUUAUCGCGGCAUCCGUCGCUGGACAACAAACUGAGAAACUAGUGUCUAUUGUUUUUUUUUUUCGUUCGUCGGCAUAUAUGUAUGUAAAUUGACUUAUAUCCGGGUGUAAAUUUGCCUUUUCCGCUGAAUGCGCGUGCAUGUGAGCUACGAGUCCAUACGAGAGGAAGAAUGUUGUAAAUAUCGCGAGAGUGAUGAGUGGUGGAGUCACAGAAAAUGGUGUCGAAAAUUGAUUGAAAACUAAAAAACGCUAAAACAAGAAAACAUACACUACAGUUAACGUACUUUCCACACACUCGGUCUUGCGACAAGACUAGCAUUUCUUCUGUGUAUCACUUGUGAGGUAAUAACAAAACAGAAAUUGAACAACACAAUAGAGAAAAAUGCUAAAAUAUAA